AUGUAUUGCCAGAAGUGUCGCACGCCGCUGAAGCUGGAUGGCUCAGUCCGCAUCAAGGCUGUCAUUUCCGAUCCCGCUAAUCAAGCUAUGGGUCUAGACUCUACGGGCAAGACGCUGUCAGACACUGGAGCUACCUCCUCAGCGCGAUCAGCAUAUCCUCCCGAACAUCGUGACAAGUACGACCAGUCCUCGAAACAUGCUACGUUACCGGUUUACAGACGGUCUAUCCCGGCCCCUCGUGCAGGAGGCCAGCACAACCCGCCCACGACACCCCGGGCCGACAGCGGCAACAUGUCGUUCGUAAUGUUGACUGAGUCCCAAGUCACACCACCGCCGGUCGCUGAUAGUAGCCCAGCUUCCGGGAGCAAGCACAACCAUACACAAGCCCAAACCCGUGGGCAGGAGGACGGAUCAAUCGUUGAUCAAAUAGAGAAGACGACACGACUCUUUGAGAUAGUCUCGGCGCGCUCCGAUAUUGAUCAUCCCAUUUGUGUGGAGUGCACCGAGCUGCUUGUGGAAAGCUUGCAAAAGCGCUUGGCGGGGUCUACAAAGGAGCGUGAUGCCUACAUAUCCUUUCUUAGGAACUUGAACGGGUCGAUUCCGACCGCGGAGGAGCUGCAGGCGGCAGAGAAAUCAUUGAAUGAAAGCCUGGAGGCGGAACGGGCCACAUUUGCAGAGCUGCAGUCCUUUGAGAAUGAAAAGGCCGCUCUGGACGCCGAGAUUGCGAGCUUAGAGAAUGACUCGCGGCGCCUGGAUGCGGACGAGGAGAACUUCUGGCGAUCUCGCAAUGCGUUUGCCUUGACGCUGACAGAAUUUCAAAAUGAACGGGAUGCCCUCAAUAUGCGCUACGAUCAUGACUCGCAGCAGCUUGAGCGGCUACAACGGACGAAUGUCUACAAUGACGCGUUCUGCAUUGGUCAUGAUGGGUAUUUCGGUACUAUCAAUGGACUACGGCUAGGCCGGCUGGCCAACCCAUCGGUUGACUGGCCUGAAAUAAACGCCGCGUGGGGACAAACGGCUCUGCUCCUGGCCACGAUGGCUGAGAAACUCGGAUUCCAAUUCCAGGGGUAUCGUCUCAGGCCACUGGGGUCCAACUCGCGAAUUGACAAGGUUGAGUACCCCGUGCAGCCAUCCGGUCAGCCUGUCGAGGGGGCUGCACCGAAAGUGACCCAACUAGAUCUGUUUUCGUCCGGCGAUCUGCCACUCAACCUUCCUUGGCUUCAUCGUCGCUUUGACUCGGGGAUGGUGGCGUUCCUUGAAUGCCUGCGACAGCUGGGCAAGUUCGUUGAAAAGACCCCUACACCUGUGAUCAACCCCCGGCGGGGCCAGACCGGCGCCACUGCACCGGGGUUGAAAUUGCCCUACGAGAUCAAGCGGGACCGAAUUGGAGAUGCCAGCAUCAAGUUGGGCUUCAAUCAGAACGACGAGACGUGGACGCGUGCCUGCAAGUACACGCUUACCUGCUGCAAGUUCCUCCUUGCGCAUGCCAGCAAUCUCGCUAGUACCGGAUCUAGCAACUCCGCUGCCGUCGCGGCAGCCGCCGUAGCAGCCGCCGACCAAGCCCGACAGCCGGGCAGUCCUGCCAAGGACCGACCAUAA